AUGAUUAAUGUGUCCACACUGCAAGUCAACAUCUCGGACACAUUCGGGAACCGGCAAGUCGAACUCGUCGCCAUGAUCUCCAUCUUCACCGUCGCUUUCGUAAUCGGCACAUUUUUAUCUUUAAUUUUAACCGUAACCAUCGCUUUUCGUCCGCGACUACACACCGGCUCGGGAAUCUUAAUCGCACAUCACCAGUUUCUCCAUGUUCUACAAACCGGCAUCAGCAACCCGCUGUACAUGUUCACCGGAUGGAUAGUAUGGCUGGGAUUAUCUGUCAGCGGUAUGAACUGUUUCGUCAUGCAUUUUUUUUGUAAACUCUUCACCUUUACGGAAAUGUGGGCGUCACUGAUGUUGGCGGUUAACCGGUUCGUGGCGCUGAUCUUUCCGCAUCAUUAUAAUGCCAUUUCCUCUAAUAAAGCCAUUACUGUGUUAAUGUUAAUUCCAUGGUUAAUCGGAUUAGCGUUAACUGUUCCCGGUUUAUACGGAAUCGGGACAUUAUUCGGCAACCGCCAGGUGGAUUGCGGCUAUAUUACCGUCACCUCUCACGCCGUCGCCACGUUGGUAAUUGUCAUGGGAGUUUAUUUGCCAUUGGCAAUACAGGGACUUCUGUACGCUGUGGUGCUGAUUGUGCAUUACAGACAAACCAAAAUUCAUGAAGUAUCUACGGUACAGAAAAAACGUUUUCUGUUGUUUCGCUUAUUAUUCGGUUCGUAUUUGUGGUACGUCGUAUGUUACGCGCCGCAACCAAUUGCGCUGUAUGGAUUUCCACAGUUUUGGUUUGAAGAUAAACUGCGCGCCGGUUGGUUCCAGUUGCUGCAGGAAGUGGGAUACGCCGGAAGUCCCGUGUUCCUGCUACUGAUGAACAAAGACAUCAUGCACGAUACAAAGGAGGGAUGUUCUAGAUUGUGCCACGCGCGCUCUAAUUCCUCCGUGAUGCCGUCAAAAAUGAUGGUUUCCUCUAAUAUGGCACUUAGCCGGCGCAAGUCAUAG